AUGACUUCCACGAUCGGCAUUCCGAUCAAGCUACUCAACGAGGCCACUGGACAUCAAGUCACAGUCGAGAUCGACUCCGGCCAGACUUACCGCGGCAAACUCAUCGAGGCCGAAGACAACAUGAACGUCCAACUCGAGAACAUCAACGUCACCCAGCGAGACGGUCGCGUCACCCAUCUUGAUCGCGUGUACAUCCGCGGCUCGCACGUACGACUAUUCAUCGUUCCCGACAUGUUAAGAAACGCGCCUAUGUUCAGGAGCAGAGGUACACGAGGUCGUGGUGUGGGUCUUGCGCGAGGAAGAGCGACGGUGAACAGGGCAAGAGGUUCUGGCAGAGGAGGCAGAGGAUAG